CCGGCAGCCGCGCCAUGGUGAAUCUGGGCGUACGGCGGGUGGAGGAUGACGUGGCCGCUAAGCACCCGGCGCUGCAGCAAUACGCGGCCUGCCAGUCUCACGCUUUCAUGAAGGGUAUCGGCAGCUUCUUGGCAGGCAGCGGGGCCGCCUUCGCAGUGCAGAAGCUGGUGCGGCAGGCGCUGCCGUACGGCCCGCAGUGGAGCCUGCUGCUGGCUGCUGGGCUCAGGAGUGUUCGCGGCAGCAGGUGCUGUCCCCACCAAGGUGCUGCUGGCACUCACAGGAGCACCUCGGCCGCUCCAGCUGCAGGGUCCCUCGGAAGCUACGUGGUAACCAGAGCUGAGACACAGAAAUGUUCCAACUUCUGGAUUUACCUGGAGACAGGCAGGUCCCCACAGGAGCUCGCCGUGAUUGGUGGGGUGUCUCAGCCCACAGAAAACCUCCCCAGUGCAGAGGGCAGGGACGGCGCUGCAACACUGGUGAGGAGGAACAGGUAUGGUGACGUGGUGGAGUAGCCAGCAGAGCACAGCACGCCAUGCCCAUGUCCUGCUUGACCCCCUCCUGCCUGCCCAACCUGACACUGCCCAUGCUGCCUGUAAUGAUGGUGGACUUGGUGACGCUGCUGGAAAGCUCAGAGGACUUAAUACUGCAGCGAGAGCGUGGUGGAGGCACCUCACGGAUUGCUGCUGUCUGCCCCAUGGCCUCUGCACAUUGCAUUGGGGGUACAAUAAAAGUUGAGAGCUGAA